CUCUAAAUUUUCUUGAUAACCAAACAAAUCAUAACAAGUUUGAGGUUUUUCUUUUGACGAAUCUUAUAAUUUGCCUUUUUUUCUAUUUUCCUUUUGAUAUGAUUAGAGAGAAAAAAUAUUUUUCAGUGGUGUUAGAUUCAUUGAACCAGGACAGCAUUUGGUUUCUUGCAUCUUGUUCCUCUUGAAGGUGAAUUAGGUGUUCUUUUCUAGCAUGGCUAAUUCUAAUGCUGACGCAGAAGAAAAAAAAGAGAUGGACAUAAGGAGUUUCUCUUCGUCACAACACAACCAAACACCCUAUAUUCACAAGGUUGGAGUCCCUCCAAAACAGGGCAUAUUCAAAGAGUUUAAGACUACUGUGAAGGAAACGUUCUUCGCAGAUGAUCCACUACGUCCUUUCAAGGAUCAACCGAGGUCUAGGAAGGUUGUACUUGGUUUACAGGCCAUAUUUCCGAUACUAGAUUGGGGUAGAAGCUAUAACUUAAGAAAAUUCAGAGGUGACCUUAUCUCUGGUCUCACCAUUGCAAGCCUUUGUAUUCCUCAGGACAUUGGCUACUCAAAGCUUGCAAAUUUAGCUCCUCAGUAUGGAUUAUACUCCAGCUUUGUACCACCUCUAGUUUACGCCUUCAUGGGCAGUUCAAGAGAUAUAGCCAUAGGGCCUGUGGCUGUUGUGUCACUCUUGCUAGGAACUCUGCUCCGGAAUGAAAUUGAUCCGAGUAAACAUCCAGAUGAGUAUCUGAGGCUUGCUUUCACAGCAACCUUUUUUGCUGGCAUUACUCAGGCUACUCUUGGGAUCCUAAGAUUGGGCUUCUUGAUAGACUUUUUAUCUCAUGCUGCUGUUGUUGGAUUCAUGGGUGGUGCUGCCAUCACAAUUGCCCUUCAGCAGCUUAAAGGUUUUUUGGGCAUUAAGAAGUUUACUAAGAAAACAGAUAUCAUUUCUGUGAUGAAGUCAGUCUUUCAUUCGGUAGAACAUGAAUGGAAUUGGCAGACAAUACUCAUCGGAGCUACCUUUUUAACUUUCCUUUUGUUCGCGAAGUACAUUGGAAAGAAGAAUAAAAAGCUGUUUUGGGUACCUGCAAUUGCUCCUUUGAUUUCUGUCAUUCUUUCGACUUUUUUUGUCUACAUUACUCAUGCUGAUAAGAAGGGAGUUGCCAUUGUAGGACCAAUAGAGAAGGGAAUCAAUCCUCCAUCUGUCGAUAAAAUAUAUUUCAGUGGUGACUAUCUCAUAAAAGGGAUUAGGACUGGUAUUGUAGCUGGCGUGAUUGCAUUGACAGAAGCUGUUGCAAUUGGAAGAACUUUUGCUUCAAUGAAGGACUACCAGUUGGAUGGAAACAAAGAGAUGGUAGCACUUGGAACUAUGAACAUCGUUGGCUCGAUGACAUCCUGUUAUGUAGCUACAGGUUCCUUUUCUCGAUCAGCAGUAAACUACAUGGCUGGCUGCCAAACUGCAUUUUCCAACAUUGUCAUGUCUGUUGUCGUGUUCCUAACUUUGGAGUUCAUAACCCCUCUUUUUAAGUUUACUCCGAAUGCAAUCCUUGCUGCCAUCAUUAUCUCAGCUGUACUCGGCUUAAUUGACUAUGAAGCAGCAAUUUUGAUCUGGAAAAUCGAUAAAUUUGACUUUGUUGCUUGCAUUGGAGCAUUUUUUGGCGUGGUUUUUGCCUCUGUUGAGAUUGGUCUUUUGAUCGCGGUAACAAUAUCAUUUGCUAAGAUUCUCCUCCAAGUCACGAGGCCACGAACAGCUACUCUAGGUAGGAUACCGCGGACAAAUGUAUAUAGAAACACUCAACAAUACCCCGAGGCAACCAAAGUUCCUGGUGUAUUGAUAGUUAGAGUUGAUUCUGCUAUAUACUUUUCAAACUCUAACUAUAUAAAGGAAAGGAUAUUGAGAUGGCUAAUGGAUGAGGAAGAACAACGAAAAGCAGCUAGUGAUCCUAAAAUUCAAUUCUUGAUCGUUGAGAUGUCACCUGUUACUGAUAUUGACACCAGUGGCAUCCAUGCCUUGGAAGAGUUGCAUAGAAGCCUAAAAAAGAGAAAUGUUCAGCUUGUUCUGUCGAACCCCGGGAGAGUUGUGAUUGACAAGCUACAUGCAUCCAAAUUUCCAGAUCAAAUUGGUGAGGACAAGAUUUUUCUCACAGUUGCUGAUGCUGUGCUAACAUGUUCAUUAAAAUUGCCUGAAGAAGUUUAAUAUUGUAAACAAAAUUU